AUAAGCCAGAUCAGUUAUAAUUAAUUAUAAACAGUGUGCGGUUGUAUUAACAAUACAAUUUUUUAAAUAAAAUUGUUUAAUUUGUUUUUUGGUAUUCUUUGUGGCAAACUUAAACGGAUAUUUAUAUAAAAUGACAUCAAUGAACAAAUUAAUAUUCGUGGUUACGACGCUGUUAUCUAUCGUCAGCAGAUGUUCCAGCAUAUACUGCUAUUACUGCAACAGCGCAGAGAACUCUGCAUGUCUGGACCUCACAAAAUACGAUCCGAAUACCCUGGCGAUUAACAUACCGAUAGUAAAUUGCGCGACAGCAGUACCAGCUCCGAUGACAACGGAGUUCUUUUGCAGGAAAAUUGUUCAAACCAUUUUUAACCACCACAAAGAACCAGAGGUCCGCAUCACCCGCGGCUGUGGUUGGCAGACUUCCCAAGAGCCGUGCUACACGACGAAAAGCAAUAGCCAUUACGGAACCUCCUGCCAGUGCUUCUCUGACUACUGCAACAGUGGGGAUAAAUUGGACUCGACCACCGCCACUGCGUUGUUCCUGGCAUUGGCUGCUUGUCUUUACUUUUAUCGUUAACUAUACAAUUAUCCAGUGUUCUUUGUAAUAUAGAUAAUUUAAUGAAAAUUAUGUUUAUAAAUUUGCAGCAUUAAUAUUUGUAGCAAAAAAUCCAGCCAACGUACACGUAUUAGUAACUCAAGAAUUCCUGUGUUCCUGUGUGAUAUUUAUAUAUUGUGGUUAACGUUAUAGUAUCAGAGGACGUCUUCGCUUAGACCCCUUCUCUCUCUUUAAAAAGACGAGCCUCGUAGCUUCCGAUUUCUCUAAUAGGACAUAAAACCAAAUUUUCACGAAGGAUAUUGAGAAUUCGUAAUGAUUAUUUUUAGAGUUGAUAUUAAAUCAGAUUAAAGUUGUA